CCACUGCAAUCGAGUGCUGAUAGGAACAAUUAAGAGAUAAGAGGUUUCUCAGUAGCUGCACUCUCCAAAUCAUUUGCCACCAAUUAUUUGUUGACCAAACUUAUCCUCAUCUCUCACUCAAUCAUCAAAACACCUUCAAGAGCUUCUUUGGUUGUUGUAUUUUCCUUUUUAUUUAUUUCCUUAUCAAAUUUGAUAUUUGGAGCAGCCCCCUCUUCAAUCUCUUCCUGAGAUCUUGUGGAAUUCCCAAUGGCGGAGGCUGUGAUUAGCGCAUUACUUCUGAAGAUCGGCAUUACCAUAGCUAGUGAAGCAACUAAAUCAGCAACAUCACGACUACUAACACGGAUAUCAGCAAUGAAAGAACUCAUGAAGGAUAUAAGUGAGAUUAAGGAUGAGCUUGAGAGCAUGCAAUCCUUCCUACAGAUCGCAGAAAGACUAAAAAAGAAGGAUGAGAGCACAAAAAUCUUUAUAAAACAAACGAGAGACUUGGCUUUCGACAUUGAGGAUAUUAUAGAUGAGUUCACGUACAAGCUGGGUGAGGAGCAAGGAGGGGUUCUACCCAGAGCAAUCAAGAGGUGCAGAAAUAUAAAGACAUGGGAUGACCUUAGCAGCAAACUUAAAGAGAUCAAAAUUAAGCUCCAAAACAUUAUGGAGAGAAGGACACGAUAUGAUACGAGAGGAAUGGAAAAUGAAGCAAGACCACUAAUAGCUGUUGGCGGUAGCAAAAGCCGUGCAGAAUUAGCACAUUUUGUCGAGGAGGAUAAUAUCGUGGGUAUUGACGAGUACAAGAACUUGUUGCUCAGAUGGUUGAAAGAUGAGGAUGAGCAGCAACGACAGCCCAUUAUAAUCUCAGUGUUGGGGAUGGGUGGUCUAGGGAAGACCACUCUCGUGACUUAUGUGUACAAUAUCAUCAAAGCUUCCUUUGAUGCUUGUGCCUGGGUUGCUGUAUCUCAAAGCUAUGAGACUCAUGAUUUGCUUAGACAAAUCAGAAAAGAGUUUCAAAGGGAAGAUCGUAAGAAAAGAGAAGUACCUAACAACAUUGAUACCAUGGAUUACACAAGCUUGGUUGCGAAAAGAGAAGUACCUAACAACAUUGAUACCAUGGAUUACAGAAGUUUGGUUGAGGAAAUCCACACUUACUUGCAGUGUAAAAACUAUAUACUCAUUCUGGAUGAUGUUUGGAGUACUGAUGUAAUGGACAAUAUAAACAAUGCACUUCUCACGAGCAAUAGCAAGAGUAGAAUAGUUCUCACAACAAGAAUUCGUAAUGUAGCUAAAUUAGCAAACGAGGACCGUAUGUUUGAGCUAAAGCAACUAGAGGGAGAUCAUCCGUGGAUUUUGUUUUGUAAAAACGCAUUUUGGAAAAGUGCAAACAAGAUUUGCCCUCAGCCUUUAGAACAAUGUGCUAAAAAAAUUGUCGAGAAGUGCGGUGGCUUGCCCCUUGCUAUCGUAUCUAUAGCCCGUCUCUUAUCAUUUCGAGAACAAACUGAUUCUGAAUGGGAGAAGGUUUACACGGAUCUUGAGUGGUAUCUAACCAACAACGAAUCGAAGCUCCAUGAAAAAGUACAUGAUGUUUUGAAACUUAGUUUGGACGAUCUUCCCCAUUACCUUCGAAAUUGCUUUUUAUAUUGUUCUAGCUUUCCAGAAGACUAUACAAUUGUAAGUGAUAGGCUCAUAAGGCUUUGGGUGGCUGAAGGGUUCGUUGAAGAAAGGGAAAGAACGAUGGAGGAAGUGGCAGAGGACUGCCUUAACGAACUUGUUCAUCGCUGCCUACUACAAGUGGUAUAUAGGAACAGAGUUGGUAGAGUUGGCGCAUGUCGAAUGCAUGACAUCAUUCGUGUGCUUGCUCUUUCCGAGUCAAAGGAGUUAAGUUUCUGCAUGGUCUAUGAGCAUUCACGGAAAAAAUUGCAGAGUUCCGAAGCACGCCGCUUGUCAAUCCUAAGCAAUAUAACUAAUUAUUGUACUGAAGACAAAUCUCAUUUGCGUUCAGUACUUGUUUUCAACAAUUCCAUGAGCUAUGAUUUACUGAAGUCAGUCUUAAGAUCAUCAAAAUUUUUACGUGUCUUGGAAUUAGAAGGAGCACUAAUCGAGAAACUACCGAGUGAGAUCUGUAACCUAUUCAACCUGCAUUAUCUUGGUUUGAGAGCAACAAAAAUUAAGGAGCUUCCAAGAUUAAUUGUGAAGCUACGAAAUCUGCAAAUAUUAGAUUUGGAACAAAGUAACAUAGAAAAGCUGCCAAAAGGAAUAACAGAGCUUCAAAAGUUGAGACAUCUAUUUUUGCCCUGCAAUUCGGGUAAGAACAUCAAGGCACCGGUGGGAAUACGGCGCUUGAAGGGCUUACAGAGUUUGUUAAAUAUUACUGCAACUAGGAAGAUCGUGCGGAAUGUAGAAGCUUUGACAGAGUUGCGGACAUUUGAGAUAACUGGCGUAAGAACCCAUCACUAUGCAGACUUGUGGAAUAGUAUCACAAAGAUGAACCAUCUUAGCGAUUUACUUAUUUGGAGUGAAGGGCGAGAAUUACAGCAGUUGGGCACCCUGCGCCUACCUCCACCUAUUCAAAGAUUACUUCUGUUUGGUGAAUUAGAGAAAAACUCACUCCCUGAGCUUGCCACGUCCUUUGGGUCUCUAACAAACCUAACCACAUUAACACUUUAUUUUGCAAAAUUGGAUGAAGAUACAUUUCCUUACCUGCAAGCACUGCCCGCGUUGAUGUGUCUUGAACUUAGGGCGGCAUAUAAUGGCAUGAAGUUGCACUUCCAAGCAUCAUCAUUCCCGAAGCUAAAGAAAUUGUUAAUAGAAUUUGCCCAGAAGCUCAGUCAGGUGGAAAUAGAAAGAGGAGCAAUGGCAAGACUGAAUAAGCUUCACCUAUACCGUUGCCCCGAGCUAAAGGAGCUGCCCCACGGUAUCGAGUACCUUACCACCCUUCGGUAUUUAUGCAUUGACCAUCCAGCAGAGGAACUUGUUGAGCUGCUUCGAGGAGGAGGAGGAGAAGGCGACCACAGCAAUGACUGGCGCACGAGGGUUCGCCACAUCCCGAAUUUUAUUAUUAGUUUCGGACGAGACGACAAGUAUGUCAAAGAAAGGAUUCAAUGAUUCCACAUCAUGCAGGUGAGUUUGGGCGCUUUUUGCAGAGCACCGGCCUAGCUUGAUGCUUUCAUAUUUUCCGCCCCAGAUUGAUCUUCUAAAUAAUCCGUGCAGGCUUGAGGAAAAUUGAAAAUGAUGGUCGAUAUAUGCAGAUAGUUAUCUUAUAUGU